UUUUGCGUCUGUUCGUCGACACGCGGUCGUUGCCGAGGGAAAAAAGGAAUAGGAAUAAAAACCUUUUGCCGCCAGGCAUCGGGGCUCAGUAGUGUAAAUUUUCUGCCUCAUAAACCCAAAAGGGUGACUUUGGUCGCGUGUGCAGUGUAGUGCCGUGUAGAAGCCGAGAAUUUGUUGUAUCCGGAAUAGGGGAGUGAUUUUGGCAGUCCGCCACGACGAGCUAGCCACCAUUUUGUAAUUACGGCAGUGGCGCCGUGCGAAGGUUCUCGUGGAAAAAGCGUCCACUAUCGCUGGCGUGCCUUGUCAAGGCCCAGCCGAAGCAAAAGCAUCCACCAUCGUUGGAGUGCCUCUCCGAAGCCCAGUCGAGCCGAAAACCUCCACUAUCGCUGGCGUGCCUUGUCAAGGCCCAGCAGCCCAAAGCAUCCGCCAGAGGCAAAAACCAUCCACCAUCGCUGGCGUGCCUCGCCCAGGCCCAGCCGAAGCCGAAAACCUACACCAUCGCUGGCGUGCCUCGUCCAGGCCCAGCCGAAGCCGAAAACCUACACCAUCGCUGGCGUGCCUCGCCCAGGCCCAGCCGAAGUCGGAAACCUCCCUCAUCGCUGGCGUGCCUCGCCCAGGCCCAGCUGAAGCCCAAAGCAUCCACCACCGUUGGCAGGCCUCACCCAGGCACAUCCCAAGGCACUAUCCGCCGAGCAGCAUCGCGAACAUGGAACUUCGCCCUAGACACGAUCAAAGACGAGCCAGAGCCGCACCGGCGGUCUCCAACCAUCAGUGCAUCCAAAGGAGAAAUGCGAUGCUCCAACCAAAAAGCACAAUAGUUGCAUUGAUUAUGACAGUCACUCUAUCCAUAUCACUUGAAAGCAAUAGUGCAGCACCUGUAUCAUCACAAACAGAAUCCACACCUUUAACUCACGCUCAUGGAAGCAGUAUAAUACCCGAGAGCAUAGACGAGGAAGUGCUCGAGCUCGAGCAUCUGAAGCAUCCUCCACCGCAGCCGAGUGGGGGCGCCAACACGAAAGAGGAAAUUCUUCCGCAGCUGGAAAAGCAAUUGGAGGAAGAAGCUCAAGCGUCCGCUUCGAUAACCUCCUCGGAUGAGGACGCGGACGGAGAGGACAACGACGACGACGAUAACGAUGACGAUAAUGACACCGGAGGUGACACCAAUGCCGGCGACAGCGACGACGAUGAGGGAAACAGUGACUACGCUGAAAAGCUGGCCAAAGCUUCCGAGAGUAUGCUACUGAAAACAUUAACUGAAUAUCAUAACCAGCAACGGCAAGAGCUGCUGGCAGCUCAGCACGAGCAUCAUCUUCCGGCGGUUGGGGGUGAUGCCAACAGCAAGCUAGAUUCUACUGAUGAGAACAUGAAACUAAUGAAGUUAAUACCAGGAGCGGCACGACUGACAUUUGGCCAGCGAUAUAAUGUGGAUAGCACAACCGUACCGCCAACCACCAUGAAAGCUACACCACGAUCACAACCUGAAGAAAUUCCAAACAUGGAGCACAUUGAAGCAUCGCACACACAGAAUGGUCAUCGACGAGGAGAUAAUGCUGAGGUAUUGCUACGGCAUAGUGGCGGCCAGUAUUCCGCUUUCGACAUGUCUCAAUAUGUGUUCUGGACAGGAGACGAAGUUGGAGUUGCAAGGGCCGUCGAAGAGCUUAUCCAGAAAGGACUGAUGACACGGGAGAAUGCUAUCAAGUUUUUGCGAGACAUUCGUCUGGGAAUUGACUACCUUCAGAAUACCUACUCAAGUAACCCACUGAAGUCGACAGAAAAGCAUUCGAAUAUUGAAAGUGAUAUUGAGGUAACCACUGUUGGAAGCACUACUACAGAAGCACCGACCACCGUUACAACACAAACGGAAUCUGUGGUUGCCAACAGUGAUACAACUCACCCAGCAACUCUGGCACCAGAAAUUCUGAAAGUCAUCGAACGGCUACCGAGUCUCCUGAAGUUAAAUGAGCUUGGUGAGCAGACAGAUUCCACGCAGGACUACGAUGACGUGGUGGGACGGUUGCGGUUGGCUGAUUUCCUGUACGCAGAAUACUCACUAGAAGAAGUUAUCUACCAGCUAGCGAAGGUCAUGUUUACCCAAUCGAUGACCCGUGGAUCGGAGCCAGCUCAGCGUGCUUUGCAGAAGCUUACAGAAUUUAUCGAAUCAGAGGGCAGUCAUGGACGUAUUUCUCCCGUCCUGCAGAAGAAAAUUCUCGAUGUUCUCCUGGCUGCACUUGCUGAUACGCUGUCUGAAAAUCCUGAACUACUGACAGCGGCGCGAUCCGCUUUGGGAAAGCAUAUGAACAAGAUUCCUCAAAGAUUUUCCCAUGAUAGUCAUUAAAGCGUAAGAUACCCUUGGACUCAACUUGUGGAUUUGUUACUAAUCCUAAAUUAGUUUUCGAGAAGAAACUAACGAGAAUUUUGUUGACUCUAGUAUUUGAUUUUUUAAAUCAUUGUUACAAUAAAAAGCAGUUAAAUUAGAGAAAAAUCCAAUUUACUAAUGAAAAUUACAUUAUAUUUUGUGGUAUCCAUUGAAAAGAAAAACAGACUGAAAGAAACGAGUUAGUGUAACGAUCAAAAUGGGCUUAUCAUAAGAAUGAGUGAGGUUAUGUAAGUCUGCUCGGUAUCAUCGUAUGAUGCUUAGUUUAGAAAAGUAAUUACUUUUAUUACUAAGUAAUUUUCUUCAGUUUCUGCUCCAUUAGGAGUUCUUGGAGACAAAGUGUAUUCCAAAUAAGAGCAUACUUGUCCAUUCUUAUGAUCUUUCUUAUCUUAUGCUCAGUAUUCAUAGUGGUGGAACAUAAGCGCCGUCAAAUAUUUAUAUUCCAGAAUAUCGGUUUCAAUGUUAAUAAACUUGUAAUGAUCACCCAGAUUACGGUUUUUUGGCAUUUCUCCGUAAGUCCGUAAUCUGGGCAGCCAUUUAGUCGCUCGAUGAUUCAAGACUUACCUUACUUUACUCAUGCUAAUUGAAUAGAGAAGAUAAUGCAAAAUGAGAGGUGCGAUGGUUGCUUAACUCAGCUUAGCGAGAAUCGCAGGAUGAACAUGAUUGAAGAGAUUCGCAAUAGAAAUGGAUAGCACGAAAUUAUUAGAAGGAAACAGGGAAACAAAGUGUUUUGAAUUGUUCGUAGCCAUAUUGACCCAUUUUAGGCAUGCUUUUUAACGUCGUAAGACUUCAAUAAUAUUGCUUUGCAUAUACAAUCAUCGUUCAAUGGCAGAGAGUUUUGCACCAAACAUGUCCUACAAACAACUGUGAACUCUGAAUAUUUCAAAGACCUUCAAUGGUUUUUUCUACCUAUUCUAACAAUAAUAAUAAAACACCUUCAGCGGCUAUUGAGAACAGCAGGAAAUAUUUACCUUUAUACAAUAAUAUAUCAUCAAGUACCACAUAUACAUACAACUCUAAUAAUGUUACAACUCCAAAAUGAAGUAAAUAAAUCAAAAUAUUAAUCAAAACGACAA